AUGUCAAACAACGAAAACAUACCUCGAAUAGAUCUAGAAAACUUUGAAGAUCCUCAGUUUACAGACUCGAAGUAUGUCCUAACCAGUCCGAGAUCACUAGAAGCUUGUUCACGUUUAAAGAUACUCCCUGUGGAUCUUUUGCAUAAAAGCAGAGCUGAGUUCCUUGAACGUUUUAAAAAACUUCCGCCAAGCAAAAUUGAGGAACUGUACAUAAGAAGUGAAGAAAAGAGAAGAGAUAAGCUUGUGAAAGCUAGAAUAGAAAGGUGGAAGUUAGUACAUGCUGACUGUUCAGAUAAUCGUGACAACCCGCCGUUUGGCGAAACUCAUAUUAUGGGUGAUGAAAAUGGAGUUUCACACAGUGGAAGAAAUUCAAUUUCUCAUUCAUCUCCUGGAACUUUUCAAAAUUUGGUCAACCUUGAACCAAGUUUAUCUAAAAAGUAUUCAUAUCUAAUUGAGAAACUACAACCUACGGAAAUUAAACAAAUUGAAUUAAUGCGAAGAAAAUAUCAGCAGAAUAAAAUUGAUUGUUUAUCAUCAAGUGGCUCAUUAUCAAGAAGUCUACAAAACUUGGUUCUUGUUGGUCAGGCAUCUAGACCACAAUCGGCUAUUUGGCGAAAAUCUCAACAUGAUAAAAUGAGUUCCAAUUAUUUGAAAAGUACGGAGCAGCGUUUAUCACGUAGGGCAUCACAUUCAUCACUUGAUAAAGAAAGACAGUUUUGGAAACGGAAACAAACUCAAGAACGAAUGCAAAAUGAUGAAAGAGAACAUGCACAAAAAUGUUAUGAAGAGAAGCUAAACAAAGUUGAAAAACACAGAAAUCAAAUUUUGAAAGAAAAAGAAAGAAAUAUGAUUACGGCCCAUUAUGAACGUGCAAGAAAAGUUCGUCAAGUUCUAGAAAGAAGAAAACAAUUAAGGAAAAUGAUUGAAGAAUAUAGAAAAGAACUGUACGAAGCUCGAGAACAAUCUAUACAAAGAGCUAUGGAACGUGUAUCCUGUAGAUUAUCAGAAGAACAGAAAAGAUUAGCUUCAGAACGAAGACAAAAACAAAUGCAAGUUGAAGAAAAUACAAAAGAGUUAGUUGAAAUAUAUUGUCAUUUAAUGAAAGUUGAGUUUUAUAACUGAUUAACAUCAAUUGAAAAAUCAUUAGGUAUAUCGAUAAAUAUUUGUAAAUUAUUCUGUGUAGUUUUAGUGAAAUGAGCAGCCUAUACUCCUUCGUGAGGGGCAACAGGCGUAAGCGAAAUAAUUUAGUAGAAUUCAAC